AGUCACGCCCAUCAGAGCAUAACAUUAAAAAGACCGACAAACUGGUGUUGUGCAGUCAAUUGCUGCCUGAUCCAAGUCUACAUUCUCGUCUCGUCAUUUUCAAAAAUAAAAUGCAAUUAUCCAGUGUUUUUUCUCUUGUAUUCUCAAGCUUAAUCGCGAUUUCAAGUGCUCUUCCAGCAUCGUACUCCUCGUCACUCAAUGAUCCACUUCUGUCAAGCCUCGGGCUAGGUUCCAUGGGAAUGGGCAUGGGCGGCAUGAAUGGAAUGUACGGAGGAAUGCCACCACCGAUGCCUCCACCCGGAAUGAGCCCGUAUGGAAUGGGUGGAAUGGGUGGAAUGAGCCCAUAUGGAAUGAUGGGACCAAUGGGUGGAAUGGGAGGAAUGAGCCCAUACGGAGGAGGCAUGUCACCAUAUGGAAUGGGAUCGAUGGGCGGUAUGGGAUCAUCAAUGUCCUUCCCAUUCAUGGGUAAGAAGAAGUAACCUCUGAAAAAUGUUGAAUCUCUUUAUUUAUCUGUCGAAGAAUCUCAUAUCACAUGUUCGUCUUUCUUCUCCUUGUAUAAUAAAAUUCCAUUUAAUUUA